ACCCGGAAUUCCGGUGGAAACCCUAGAGAGGAAUUUAAAAUUGACUGCAGAGUGCAAACUUGUUCUUUAAAUCUAUAAUAUUAUCAUUGAAAUGGAAGCAAUUUUGACUUCCACCUUUUUGAUAAACACAACAAAAAUACUUAAGUUUAGAGACAUGUUAAAAACAAAGAAGUAAUCAUUUACCUGUAAUAGCGUAUAUAAUCUAUCUAAUUUAUUUGGCUCUGGUUUGAACCCCCUAGACCAAUAAUCAGAGAAAUUAAAAAUCCAAUUUCGUUUCUUACUUUUCAAGCAAAGGAUGAUGUGGAAGAAAUUAUUCAGUUUUCUAGUUGUAUGUACUGGAAACUUACUGGCUGCCGCAUCAUACACAAUGGCCAACCCUAUAUAUCCUUCAGAGGGGCUUUCAAGAGGAGUCAGUGUGUCUAAAACCGGUGUUGUAUUAGGUUCAGCAUAUGUCACAGGCUUAGUUAUAACACCAUUUUGUAGCAAAUUAAUAUCCAACUUGGGUGCCAGGAAGGUUUACGCAUUUGGAUCUUUUAUUGGAGGAAUAGGAAAUGUUCUGUUCGGCUUUUUAGAUUAUAUAUCAGGCUCGGCCGAAUUCUUCUGGUUUUCCUUGAUAUUCAGAUCUAUAGGUUCCUUAGGGGAGACAGUUGUGGCAAAUGCAUCAUAUCCUUUAGGGACAAAGUUAUUUUCUGACAAUGAAAGAGGCAAAGUUAUUGCUACUAUGGACUGCUUCUAUGGAUUUGGAACAGCCAUAGGACCGUCAUUGGGAAGUUUUUUAUUCAACAUUGCUGGUGGGUUUACUUUACCUUUUUGGACUGUUGGAAUAAUCAUGAUCAUGCUUGGCGGACUCCUUCUGCUCCAAGACUUUAAUAAUGAAAUUGAAGGUGUUGGCUUAGUUGGCAGUGGAACCUGUAAGUGGAAGGAUUUAAUCACAUGUCCAGGAAUGUUUGAAUCUGUAUUGGUACUAGUAGUAUCAGCUCCGGCACAAAAAUGGAUUUCUUCCUCUCUUGAACCACAUCUCAAAGAUCUGUAUGGCAUAUCCACGGUAGAUGUGGGACUGAUAAAUACGGCCCUUGCUAUAUCAGCAGCAUUAGCAAAUCCAAUAGUAGGGAUAAUUCUUGACUUUGGGUUCUCAUCAUUAAAUAUGAUCUUGGUUGGAAAUUGUCUGACUAUUAUUGGUCUUAUUGGAAUAGGACCAGUUCCAGGACUUGCUUUUCUUCAAACCAUUCCUGUUGUAUUGAUCUCUUUGGCACUCAUUGGGAUUGGAUUGUCCUGCAUUUUCCUUGCUACUAUUCUUAAUAUGAUGGACUGUGCAGCAAAGACCGGGAUUCAAAAUUCAGAGAAAACUACAAGUAUGAUUACGAGCUUAUGGCUUCAAAGUAACUAUAUUGGGGCUUUUCUAUCUUCUCUUACUGGUGGAGUUACUUAUGAUCUAAUUGGAUUCUCAUGGAGUUGUACUGUACUAGCAACCAUUAUUACAUUCGUUGCCUUUGGAACAUUCAUUAGUUCAAUGUUUACCAGCAGAAGAUUCAGUUCCUAUGAACAAAUUUGAUCGUGAGCAAUAGCACUACUGUAUUCUCAGUUUUGAAACCUGUAAAAUCUUGGCUUCGCAAGGAUGUCAAAACAAAAAAGUUUUUCUUUCUUUUUCAAAAUCAGCCAACAUAUGGUCAAUAAUGCAAAACAUGAACAAUAAAAAUGGAGAUUUAAAGAACAAAAGAGACAUAAAAACCAGCAGCUGCCAUCAUAUGAUUAUUUUAACAAUUUUGUAAUAAAAUUUGUUAAAACCAAUAUUCAAAAAAUAAAUGUAGAAAAAGCUUA